CUUAAAAUGGUGACGCAUAAACUCAACCAUAUUCCUAUACUGAAGGGCGAUUUUAUGUCGCUUCCGCCUAAAGUUCAACGUUUUAUCGCGGAAAAAGCGGAACUCAUGAACCCACGUGCAAUUUUUAUUUGUGAUGGAUCGCAACGUGAAGCGCAAGAGCUUAUUGAUAAAUGCGUCGAACGUGGUGUUUUGUCACCUCUGAAGGCUUAUGAAAAUUGUUAUAUUUGCCGGACUGAUCCGCGUGAUGUCGCUCGUGUAGAAUCGAAAACAUUCAUGAUCACGCCAAAUAAAUACGAUUCAGUGUGUCAUAUACCUGAGGGGGUGAAAUCAAUUAUGGGACAGUGGAUGUCACCGGAUGAUUUUGGUAAAGAAUUGGAUGAUCGUUUUCCUGGUUGCAUGGCCGGUCGUACGAUGUAUGUUGUUCCAUUUUCAAUGGGACCGAUUGGAGGACCUCUUUCAAAGAUCGGUAUUGAGCUUACUGAUUCAAACUACGUUGUUCUAAGUAUGCGUAUUAUGACUCGUAUGGGUGAAAAAGUUAUGAAGCAGUUACAUGAUGGUAGCGACUUUGUACGUUGCAUUCAUUCUGUUGGUCUUCCUCGACCAGUCACAACGAAAGUCGUAAAUCAUUGGCCAUGCAAUCCGGAUAAAGUCCUCAUUUCUCAUCGUCCUGCAGAGCGAGAAAUUUGGUCCUUUGGUUCUGGAUAUGGUGGAAAUUCACUUCUAGGCAAAAAGUGUUUUGCUCUUCGUAUUGCCAUGAAUAUUGGUUAUGAUGAAGGAUGGAUGGCUGAACAUAUGCUUAUAAUGGGUAUCACACCUCCUGGAGGCGAAGAAAAAUUCAUUGCGGCUGCUUUUCCAUCUGCUUGUGGCAAGACUAAUUUGGCUAUGCUUCAACCUUCACUUCCUGGCUGGAAAAUCCAGGUCAUUGGAGAUGAUAUUGCUUGGAUGAAGUUCGGAGCCGAUGGAAAAUUAUAUGCGAUCAAUCCGGAAUAUGGCUUUUUUGGUGUCGCGCCUGGAACAUCGCACAAGACAAAUCCAAUGGCUAUGGAAAGCUUCCAGAAGAAUUCGUUUUUCACAAAUGUUGCAGAGACUGCAGAUGGCGAAUAUUUCUGGGAGGGACUCGAAAAAGAAAUUAAGGACCCUAAAGUUGAUAUCAUCAACUGGCUGGGACAGACGUGGCACAUUGGUGACCCUGGAAAAGCUGCUCAUCCUAACUCACGUUUCACAGCACCAGCUGGCCAAUGUCCUAUCAUUCACCCAGAUUGGGAAAAGCCAGAGGGCGUUCCAAUUUCUGCAAUUAUUUUUGGUGGUCGAAGACCUGAAGGUGUGCCGCUGGUAUUCGAAGCUUUUGACUGGAUACAUGGCAUUUUUAUCGGAGCUUGUGUCAAGUCCGAGGCUACAGCAGCUGCAGAGCACACUGGAAAACAAGUAAUGCAUGAUCCAAUGGCUAUGCGACCAUUUAUGGGUUAUAACUUUGGAAGGUAUAUGCGCCACUGGAUGAAACUUGGUCAGCCUCCACAUAAGGUACCAAAAAUCUUCCAUGUAAAUUGGUUUAGAGAAACUGACGACCACAAAUUUAUGUGGCCUGGAUAUGGCGAAAAUAUUCGGGUUUUAGAUUGGAUUCUUCGACGAUGUAGUGACGAUCUUGAAAUAUCUAAUAUUGCAAUUGAGACACCAAUUGGUUAUAUACCCAAGAAAGGAAGUAUCAAUUUGGAAGGAUUGCCGAAAAUCGAUUGGGCAAAACUGAUGUCGAUUCCAAAAUCUUACUGGAUGGAAGAUAUGGAAGAGACGAAACAUUUCUUUGAGAUGCAGGUUGGAAGUGAUUUACCUCCUGAAAUUGCAAAUGAACUCGAAAAGCAAACUCAGAGAAUUCAGGCUUGGCAAGAAUGA